AUGAUGUAUCACAGAGCAGUGGCGCUGGUGCCGCUUGCAUCGCGGACGCCUUGCCACACGCAUGCCAUCCAUACGACUGCCUGCGUCAGUGUAUCGCGACGCACGCGGCGGCAAGUAAAGCGACAGAAAGAUGAAGACUUGCGACAUGCCAUUUCACUGUAUCACAUCACACCUGCUUUCUACCGCACAGAUGUUGCGGGAGACAAGGAUCAGGAGCUACGGGACGAAGUCGCCGAAAGUAUCUUGGGGCCGUUCCUGAACCACCGGUCUGGCCGCUCUUUCGUACAAUGCUCCAACACGCAUGAACUUAUGCAUCAUCAGCGUGAGGCAUGGCAUACAGCGCGCCGUGACACACUUAGCGAGAUGGACACAUACGAGAACGCGGGCCUGCCAAGCUCGUUCUUGAGCAAAAUGUCCACAUCGCUGCCGCCACGGCAUCGACAAGCGCAUGACUCAGACGGUUUGCGUGCACACUUUGUCAAGCCGCCAUCUGCAUACCCGACGCGCCGCGCCCGUGACACCGCUGGACAUGGCGAUCUAUAUGCUCAGGACGAACUGUCGCUCCGAAGUGCGCAAGUGCGUGACGCUCUGUACGGCACGGUCGCAGGCGAGCUUCCAGGUCUCGAAAUCGUGCGUGAGUAUGAGCGUGAUUGGGACGCGCACGAAAAAAAAUAG